AUGUCAGCGAACUAUGAUGAGAUGCUGGAAACGCAUGACAUAUUCGUGCUGCACGACGAUACCAAUAAACCAGUCGGAUCCAUCGUUCUUAGUGUUGAACGGGAUACUCAUUCAGUCGAAAUCAACAACUUAGUCGUCGGCCCUGCGGCCCAAGGUCGUGGUUACGGUCGCGUAUUGCUGAACUGUGCAGAGGAUGUUGCACGGUCGGAGAGCUGCUCGGCGUUGACACUCUACACGAAUGUGAAAAUGUACGAGAAUCUGGGAAUGUAUGUGAAGAUGGGAUUUGUGGAGACUGGGAGGAAAACUGAGGAUGGAUUUGAGCGAGUUUAUUUUCGGAAGGAUUUAGAUUGA